ACGAAAUGAGCAGGUUACAUAUCCAGUGAACUUCAUGUGAAUUAUCCAAACAACUUAAAACAUUUUUCUUUUUUUAAAAAUUUAAAUAAGGAAGUUUCAAGUUCUGGUGCUGACAACCAUCCUGCUGCAGGUCUUGGCCACAAUGAGUGACACUCCUUCCACAAGUUUUUCCAUGAUUCAUCUCACUUCUUCCCAAGGUCAAGUUCCUUCACCUCGACAAAUGAGCCUCACUCAUCCUGUUGUAGCCAAAAGGAUCAGCUUCUACAAGAGCGGAGAUCCGCAAUUUCGCGGGGUCAGGGUGGUGGUCAACCCUCGUUCCUUUAAGACAUUUGAUGCUUUGCUGGAUAGCUUGUCAAGAAAGGUGCCUCUACCUUUUGGGGUGCGGAACAUCAGCACCCCCCGAGGAAGGCACAGCAUCACGUGUCUGGAGCAGCUGGAGGACGGUGAGUCGUACCUGUGCUCCCACAGCAGGAAGGUGCAGCCAGUGGACCUAAACAAGGCCCGCCGCUGCCGAAGGCCCUGGCACAGCAGCAUGUCCAUCAGCGCGCACGCGCACUGCUCCCCGGCUGCUGCUGCCCCGGGCGUGCCACGUGCCCCGCGCAGGCUCGCGGUUUUCAGGAACGGAGACCCGAAGGCAAGGCGCAUGGUUCUUCUGAGCAGGAGGGUCACCCAGAGCUUCGAGGCCUUUCUGCAGCACCUGAUGGAGGUCAUGCAGUGCCGCGUGACCAAGCUAUACUCCACGGAUGGAAGGAAGGUUCCCAACCUGCAGGCGGUGAUUCUGAGCUCCGGAGUUGUGGUGGCAGCAGGGAGGGAGCCAUUUAAACCAGGAAAUUAUGACAUCCAAAAAUACUUGCUUCCUGCUAGAUUACCAGGGAUCUCUCAUCGUGUGUACAAGGGAAAUACUAGGGCAGAAAACAGAAAGAUGAGCACACACGUGCCUUCAAGCCCAAGGUCUCAGAUUUAUUCUGCUGCUUCUGACAAAAUACAUAAUAAUGAUUGCUACUCAGACCAUUCCUUUGCUCCUGAACAUUACUUGGCCUUAGAAAAAAAGGAUUCUCAGAAUUUAUUAAUAUAUCCUUCCGAAGAUGAUAUUGAGAAAUCAAUUAUUUUUAAUCAAGAUGGCACUAUGACAGUUGAGAUGAAAGUUCGAUUUAAGAUAAAAGAAGAGGAAACCAUAAAAUGGACAUCCAGUGUCAGUAGAGCUGGUCUUUCUAAUAGUCCUGAAAAGAGUGAGAUAAGCAGUUUUCCAGGAAGAACAGAUGAUUUGUCAUCUGGUUUAAAGAUUGCAGCAUGUUCAUUGUCUGCAGAUGUCUCACCUCUGGAGAAAGGCAAUUAUCAAGAGGACAGUUUGGCAGAAGAGAUACACACACAGAUGACAGAUCGAGAGGCUGAAACUCACAGUUCUUCUAGUUGGGAGAAUUCUUCUAUGGACAGAAAUGCCAUCCAGGGAACUCAGGAUCAAGCAGAGCAUCAUUUUUAUAGGCCUCCUACACCUGGACCAAGGAGAGUGAGACAAAAGAAAUCUAUGAUAGGGAGUGUGACUUUAGUAUCUGAAACUGAAGUUCAAGAGAAAAUGAUUGGACAGUUUUCCUACAGUGAAGAAAGGAAAGACGGGGAAAAUAAAUCUGAGUAUCACAUGUUCACACAUUCUUGCAGUAAAAUGCAAUCAGUAACUAACAAACCAGUGCUUGUUCAGAUAGAUAACAAUGAGCAGAUGGAAUCAUCAUUAGAAAGCAGAAAAGAAAGCAGACAACUCAAAUCAAGUUCAGUAAGUGCUGGUGUUGUAGAAAUUACAAGUCAGAAGAUGUUAGAGUUGUCCCAUAAUAAUGGCUUUUCACAUACUAUACCAGAAAAUGUAAUUGUGGAGGAAGAUACAAUUAAUAGUGUAAUAACACCAGACAACAAAACUAGUAUGAAGAAUUUAAGAACUUAUGGCAACACUGGUGAUAGGUUAUGUCCUAUUUUAGCAGAUUCACUUCAUUCCUCAAGUAACAACGCUGGAAUUGACAAAACUAUUUCUCAGAUCCCAGCUUCAGUAGGACCCUCUACUCUCACCAGAAGAAUUGACAGACUAAUUAAUGAAUUUGCUCAGUGUAGUUUAACAAAACUUCCAGAAAAUGAAAAGAAGAUUUCAUCAUCUGUUACCAGCAAAAAGAUGAAAUCUCAGCAGCAAGUGAAAAGUUAUAGGCAUCAGGAUGGAGAGAUUGCAACUAAAGGAAUCCCUAGUAAUAGUAAGAGAAUAAACACAAGGGGUAGAAUUGCACAGGAAACAAUGUUGCAAGAUUCACACAGUCCUAUUAAAAGAGGGUUGCUUUGUAAGGAAGAACUCCAUGCAAGUGAUAUGGUAAUUGAAACAAAUUAUUUUUGUUCCAAAAGUAAUCUCAAUCCUGUGAAUUCCAAGAAAUUCCAAAGAAAUAAAUUAAAUACUAUUGAGAAUCCUAAGGUUCAAGGACUUUUAGCUAAAAGAAAAUCCAGACCACUAAACAAAGUAAGUUUAGGAGGCUCUGCAAAAAAAGAAAUUGGUCAAGGAGAUAAAGCAUUUCCCCAUAAUGAAAUCAGAUAUUGCAAAAGUACUUUUGAGAAUCAAAAUUUAUUUCAUGUGUUUAACUUUCCUGAGCAAAACCCCACUAUUUUUUGUGGACCACAGGCUCAAGCAGAAAUAGCAUCUUGGUAUUUGAGAGGAAUGGAAAAGAAGAGUUUAGUUUCAAAAGUUAAUAAUUCACACAUAACUUUAAAAAGCCAGAAAAAACAAAAAGGGGAUAAAUUGAAAUCGGGAACUAUCGUAAGUAAACAACAUACUACAACAGGGGUAAAUUCCUUAGCUUUUUUGAAAAAAGCUGUUUUUCCUGAGCAUAUUACCCAUCAUUCAGUUCAAAAUUAUGUACAGAGAUGGAUGCAGAACAUAAAUCCACAUUCAGCUUUGCAGCCUAAGAAAGCGCCAAUAUGCAAAAAGAAAAGGAGUGUGGUAAGUUGUAACAAUUGUUUUCCAGGAAAUAAUUAUCACAGAAGUUCUGAAAAAGGAAAUAAUUUUGUCAUGGCAAAUAAUCAGCACGUGACUAAAAUUGCCAGUUUGACAGGAGAUAAUCUAGGUAAAGAGGUAGGUAAAUCUUUUGACAAAGGUAACAGUGAAGAACUUACCAAAGAUCUCCACGAGAGCCAGGUUGAAUCUCUGAAUGCUGCUUACUUGCUUUCCCUGCAUGAAUGUUGUACUUUGUCACAGUCAGCUGUUGAUAACCAUAAUACUAAAAGUGAAGUAUCUGUUGAAAAUUCAGGACCUUCUUUACCAAGCUUAGUUUACCAAGACACAAACCUCGCUACAAAAGGGCAAAGUGGAGAGGCUGCCAUCCAAGUAGAUUUAAUGGAAGAGGACACUUCAAAAGACCUCUUACUAGUACUGUUGCUUCGCCAACUGCAAGCUUUAGUUCCCAGUAUUCACAAGACUCAGAACGGUGUUGUUCAAGUGCCAGGUUCACUUGUAGAUGUUCCGUUCCAUUCCCCAAUAUGUAAUUCAUCCACUAAUGUCCUUCUAGCUUGGCUCCUGGUGCUAAACCUAAAGGGAAGUGUGAAUUGCUUCUGUCAAGGUGAUGCUCACAAGACUACCAGCAGAACUUCAGAAAUAUGUACAUUGUUGGAGGUUCUAAAGCACAUUGCCAUCACGGAGAAAGCUGAUGACUUAAAGGCUGCUGUUGCCAAUUUAGUGGAGUCAACUACAAACCCCUUUGGACUCACUGAGAAAGGACAAGAUGUGGUUCCAAUUGAUUUUUCUUCAAAUUGUUCCACACCCAACAUUCAGAGAGCUUCUAAGUGCACCAAAAGCGAAAAAACACAAAACAUCUUCUCUUUAAAUGCCAGUGAGUACUGUGCUCCUGAAGUUUACGUUUCAGAGGGGACUUGCUCUCCAUGUGAGGUGUGCACUGUGAGUAAGAUUUACCCUCCAAAAGAGACUUGUAACCUUAAUAACAUUUUUUCUCAUAGUGAUGGCUGUGGCAUGGAUCAGAUCUCUAUGAGUCAGACUUGUUUCCUAGGAGAGGUCUGUUCACUUACUGAUGCUGUGUCUUCCCAUAAGACUUGUGCUCAUGAGGAAAACCAUACUUAUGAGACAGCUUGCCCAACUGAUGGGGCCCACAUUCCCAUCAAAGUCUGCAAUAUCAAUGACUUUUUAAAUUCCAAAGAAGUCACCUAUACUGAUAAUUUGGAAUUGACUGAAGAAUUAGAAAGAGUUGAUGAUGUUCAGAAAGACCUAAAUGUUUUGGCAGACCCUGUAUAUAAACAUGACUUUGAUAUGUUGGUGCCACACAAAAAUAGCAAUUUAGGUCACUGUGGCUUUUUCUUAAGUACAACUGAACCAGAAUUUGAUAAGGAACCUAGUGCUCUAGAUGAAUCCAGAAGUUGUUCAUUAAAGAAAUUUCAGGAUAAAAAUGCAUAUACAUCCUUCAAUAAGGGAGAAUCAAAGACAUCUGAAGAACCAGGCUCAAUAACCAACAGCAAGACAUCAAGUGAAAGACACAUUUCAGAACUGGAAUCUUUUGAAGAAUUAGAAAAGCAGGACAUUGAUAUAUUUAAUACAAAGGUAAAUGCAGGAGAGCAAACCACUGAAGGAUUGAAACAAAAAGAGUUAGAGGCUAGUAAAAAGUUGGAAUUGAUAGAAGUCUCUAGUAGGAGCAUUACAGAAGAAAGAAGGAAUGGUGUAAUUCGCGAGGCAGUCAGGAGGUUGGCACCAGCACCAUCUUUAGUGCUUUGCUAUGCUUCUAAGCAAAAUACUGAAAAGGAGCUCAAUGAAGGAGAAACUAAAAUGAGAGUAAAAAUGAUGGUGAAAAACAUGGAAAUUGGAAGUUCUUCAGGGUUCCCUCUUGAUUUUAAAAAUGGCUUCAAGAGAACAGUGACCUCUGAUUGGUCAGACUAUACACGAGACCGUGAGAAUGACCAAUCAUAUAAAAUGUCCAGCGAUGACCCCAAUGACAGUGGUGAGGAGAUUGCUCAAGAGAAAGACUACAAUAAAGGAUUUGUUAAAAGAACAAUAGAAAAGCUUUAUGGUAAAGUGGAGAUUGUAAAACCAUCUUUUUUCCCUGGGUCGCUAAACAGAUCCCAGGUUUGUCCUUACAAUUCUAUGGAAUUUCAGUGUGCUAGAACAGUAGGUCUUUAUGAUUGUGAAGGUCAGUCAUUUGGCUCUUCUAAACAAGCAUCCAGAGGUUCAUCUAAGUUGCAUAGAUUUCAGGAGGAAAGACAAGAUAAAUGUUACUUUAAUGAUAUGAAGGCCAAUUAUCAUGGGAGAGACAUUGUAGAACAUAGUACAAAACAAAAUGAUCAUAACAGAAGUUUUGGGGACAUAGAAGAAGGAGUACUGAUUGACAAGGGCAAGUGGCUUCUGAAAGAAAAUCAUUUGCUAAGAAUGUCAUCUCCCGAAAAUUCUGGCAUAUGUGGCAAUGCAGACACUACAUCAGUGGAUACUCUACUUGAUAAUAAUAGUAAUGAGGUACCAUAUUCACAUUUUGGAAAUUUGGCCUCAGGCCCAAACAUGGCUGAACUAUCCUCUUCAGAAUUGGAGGAACUGACUCAACCUCUUGAAUUGAAACACACUUAUUUUAACAUGCCUCAUUGUAGUGACUUCGAACCUUUUUGUGAGGAUUUUCUAGAUGUUCAAAAUAAAACUUGUCACGAGGAGAAAAUACCAAAUCACCAUGCAGAGGAGAAGGGUAAUCAUAAGUCAGAGAGAGUGUGUACAUCUGUCACUCAUGUCUUUGCGGCUGCCAACAAAGUGCAUCCCAUCUCCGAUGAUACUGUUAAAAAACAACCGUUGCCUGGAAAUAAUGCUGGUGCACUUCAGGAAGGUGACUCUUUGGAUAAACUCUAUGCUAUUUGUGGUCAACAUUGCCCAAUAUUAACAGUUAUUAUCCAACCUAUAAAUGAGAAAGACCGAGGAUUUGCAUAUUGUAAAGAUUCUGAUAUUGAAAAUUCCUUGGACAAACAUUUAUGGAUGAAAAUACAACCCUAUUUCCUAGAGUCAAACAAAACCAUGUUCAGAGAUGAGAAUAAAGCAAGUAGCAGAAAGACAUUUAUUGAUAAUGCCCUUGAUGAUAUGCUUGAUCAAUUUUAUUUCAGUAGUACAUUUAACUUGAUGGGUAAAAGAAGAAAAUUAAAAAGAAUUGACUUAUUGGACUUAGAGGAAGAAAAUAAUUUAAAGAAAUUUCAAUUAUAUUUAAAUAAACAGUUUUGUGUGAAUUUCUUGCACACAUCAUUGUUACUUGUGAGUGAUGUGAACUCAAAUACGCAAGACCCCAGCAAUCUGAUGAAUGAAAUCUUCGAAGUAGUUGAUGAGAAUAACAACUUAUUAAACAACAGAUUCCAGAGCUCAACAACAAAUCUGAACCAAGUAGUAAGAAAAACUAUCAACUAUUACUUCUCCUUUGAAAUGCUUGGUCAAGCCUGCCUAGUUUGCCAAGUUGAGAUAUUCUUAAAUAUUAACAACAGAAAUGUAUUUAAAAUAUUUUAUGUUUUUGAAGGUGAGAAACUUUUCAUUUGGGAAGAAGAAAACCAAUUAAAUUUAACUGAUGUUGAAAACAGUGAGGAGCAGGAAGAUUAAUAAUUACAAAUCACAACAACUUUUCUUCAUUAUGAGAUUUCUUUCCUUGUAAUAAGAUGAAGCACAUGGGAUGGAUGUGGACUAGAUAAUCUCUAAGAAUCUUCUGCUUCUUUAAAAUGAGUUUACCUUAGAAAGCUUGCCCUUUGAUAAUCCGAUCAGACUUUCAUCAUUCCUCUGCUCUUCAUUUUUCCAAUUACAGACUCAGUUUUUAUUCUGUUAUUUUGGAAGUUUCUGUGUGUGUGUGUUUUGUUUUUUGAUAAUGUAUAAUAAUUUUCUGUCCCUGUGAUUUUCCUGCAGGGACAUUAUAAAUGCCCUAAGUCCAAGAAUUAUAUCUUUUUUUU